CCUAGUGUGACUUGCACUACAAACUGUAAGGCUCUGAGUACAUAACAGUGUCAUGCAUAAAACACAUUCAAAAAGACAGAUUGCAAGAUAAAAGUCAAGAGGGCCUCGGUCUGAUUACAGGACAAAGGAAAUGCAACACUGGCAGCAAUCCAGUUAUGAGCCCCACUUACCGGUCACAGAGAAAUCGAAUCCAAUCACCAGAGACAUUGAUAGAGCAAACCCCAGAGAAAUAGUACAAAUGCUGCAAAAAUGUGAUGCAGAAAUCUUUGAAAAUAUAUCACAUGAAAAUCCCAUGUAUCAGACAUUGAAUAGCUUGCCCGUGGUUCAGACAAUUGUAGAGGUGUCAAAGAGGGUUGAAGUGAUUCUUAAGGAUCCAGAAGAAUCUCUGAUUGUCCUGAGUGGCUGUGGGACAUCAGGUCGUGUUGCAUUUCUCUUGGCGACAUCUUUUAAUAGGUGGCUUGCUUCUCAUCAUCAAAAGCAAAUUUAUUCAUACAUCAUUGCUGGAGGUGACAAAGCCCUGCUGACAUCUCAGGAAACUUCUGAGGAUGAUCCCUUGCUGGGGGCUCUGACACUAAACAAGGCUUGUGCAGGAAAGAAGCAUGUCCUCUUCAUUGGCAUAUCCUGUGGCUUGUCUGCACCAUUUGUUGCUGGCCAACUAGACUUUUGUCUAAGGAAUCUGGAAAUCAUUACUCCAGUGCUGAGAUUUAAUCCUGUUGAAAUGGCACGGACUGAACCACUUCAGAACUGUGCAUUUCACUUCAAGGAAAUUGCAGAAAAAAUGAAUGAAAUGAACAAACUGCAAAAGGCUUUUGUGAUCAAUCCAGCAGUAGGGCCAGAAGCUAUCAGUGGAUCUUCAAGGAUGAAAGGAGGAAGUGCCACAAAAAUAAUCGUGGAAACUCUACUUUUGGCAGGCCAUGAAGCUGAAAGGAACAAAAAAGCAGUAACUCUUAAUGAUAUACUGCAUUCGCUCAAUAUGUAUGAAAAAGUUCAUCAGAUUACUUACUCACAGACUAAAGAGCUAGCAGCCCUAGUUCAAAAUGCUGCAUUAAGCCUCCGAAGGAAAGGACAUGUGUAUUACCUUGGAUGGCAGACUCUUGGCAUUAUUGGGAUUAUUGAUGCAAGUGAAUGCAUUCCAACAUUUGGAGCAGGCUUUGAAGAUAUCAGAGGCUUUGCUAGCAAUGGCUUCAGUGAGAUGAGCAACAAAGAGGGUGAUCUGUCAUCUCUAGGACCACACUUCAUUAUUGGACACGAGGAGUUUGUGAACACCAUUUUACCCGAUCUGAAUGACAAUGACACAGUGGUAUUUCUCUACAGCGAGAAUGAUGACCUGAACGAGGUUUCAGUAUUGGCCAAGAGUGUGAGACAAUGCACAUCAAACAUCCAUGCUAUUGUCCAUGAGCUUAAGGGGCUUAGUGAUCUUGAAAGAAUGAAAAGCCAAUUUAUGACGGUUCUUACUAUUAAGUGGCCAUCAUCACUAUACAAGCACAACCUUAUUCUAAUGAAACAACACUGGGAGCUUUCCACUAAAUGGUGCCUCAAUACGAUCAGCACAGGGGCUCAUGUCCUUAUUGGAAAAGUGUACAUGAAUUACAUGAUAGACCUUAGAGUAACCAACAGCAAACUCUACAGAAGAGCCAUCCACAUAUUACAGAGGUUCACAGGAUGCACCCAUGCACAGUGUGAGACAGCCCUGCUAAGAGCUAUUUAUGACGUAGAAGAGCUGAGUGAUGAGAUGAGAUCGAGUGAUGUAACACAACACACAUUGGUGGCCAACGAAAGGGGCAGGGUUGUUCCCAUUGCAUUGGUGAUGCUACAGUCUAGCCGCACCAUCUCUGAGGCCAAGUCCUACUUAUAUGCGUAUUCUGUGAUUCGGGAUGCAGUGGCUGCUUGCCAGAGGUUGCAUUAAUAUAGGAGCACUUAAGACUGC